UUCACUUAAUCGGAACAUGAAGUUAUUGUAGACCGGGUCUAUUAUAGUCUUUGUAUUUUUUUAAUAUUUUACUCGUAUUUGUAUUUUGUUUUUGAAAAUUAAUGGCUUAAAUGUCCUGAAUUUCGGAUUUUAUCAUUAAAAAAAAAAACAUUAGUGACGUGGACUUCAUAGUUGUCCUUUGAUUUUGCCCAUUGACAUUCCAUUUGACGGGUGUAUUAACGUCGUGUUUUCGAUGUUCUUCUUUGUGCAAACUUAAUGGAAAGCAGGAGAGAGAAACUAAAAUUCAGAUGAACAAAUUAUUCGAAAUUCCUCUCUCUGUUUGACCAUCAAUAAAAUUCAGCUCAUACAUUGGACCCUGCUACCGAUAAUUUUUAGGUCAGUUGUUCGAUCCUUGGGUUUGGUUUACUUGAUCAUUUGCCAAACUAAUACUGUAGUUUGUAAUUAAGUUUUUAAUGUGUUUAGGGUUCUUGAUUUAUUGAUACCCGAUUUGGGUUUCAGGGAAUUAGCGUUAUUUCAGGUCGUUAUUAAUUGUAAGGGAUUUAGUCGAUUUUCACUAUUUGGUUUGGGUUAUGAUUAAUUUUGACUUUUUUUUUUGGUUUUUCUUGCUUUUCAUGAAAUGCUUGUUUAACAAAAACUACAUUUGAAUUGGGAGAAAUUGGUGAAAAACUGGUUUGAUUUGGAUUUGUAAUUGUUAUCAAUCUACUUGUUUGGAAUUUGGAUGAUAUCAUAUCUUCUUUUUUUAAUUCUCUGUACUGAAUGCAGUUGUACUAUUCAAUUCAGAGUGGUAUACUGGAAUUAAAAUUUGAUAUUUAUAUUAUUAGUGUUGUCUUUUAUGCAUCCUUAUUUUGUUAAUUUGCCAUGUUUUAUAGCUUCCAUGAUGAUUGAUCAAAGUUAUAUAUCCUGUAUUACUUUCUAAUGCCCAAAACUGAAGAAGACGGAAGUUACUUCCUGGUUAACGAGAUCAACUGGUGUGGAAAACGGGAUGUUUAAUGGUACCACAUGACUUUACAAUAUUAAUUCCAAUAGCCAGGUGAAAAGACGAGUACUUUGUUAAUAUAGGAUAUCAACUUGGAAUUUUUUGUAAAAGGUGGUAAGAGUAAAAAACCGAAAAAGUAAAAUCUUAUUUGAGAGUACAAGCUUAAAAAUGGAAGACAUUAAUGGCAAGAAUGCUAGAGAAGAUGUUGAAGAAAGGUAUCUUCCAGAUGAACUCAUUACUCAACACAUUCUUCCAUGGCUUCCCAUCAAACCCUUAACUCAAUGUAAGUUAGUUUCAAAGGAAUGGAAUUCAACCAUUUCACAACCUAAUUAUAUCCUUAAUCACUUCAAUAAAUCUAUAUUUAGUGAUCCUUUUACCCCUGUUGAAUCUCUCUUUAUUCAAUCUGGUGGUUCUUUUUACCUUUACCCUUGUCCUAAUCUUUAUCAUGAUGAUGAAAAUGUUGAUAAUGAUGAAGUUGCUCAAGACAAUUUGGUUUAUUUGAAUGUUGAUUUUGAAUAUGAAAAUACAGUAACAGAGGUUGAUGAGAUUAAAUUGGUUGGAUCUUCAAACGGGUUGGUUUGCUUAGGUGGAAGAAUUGGAAAAUACUUCUGUUUAUAUAACCCUAAUACUAACCAAUCCCACAAAUGCUACCCUGCUGACUUUGAUUAUUGGAAAUCUAUUAGGCCAAUACCCCCAACUAGUUGGGGUUUUGGGUAUGUAUCAUCUAUUGAUGACUAUAAAGUAGUCAGGAUAAUUGCAUAUCGCAAUGGAGAAGUUGCCAUAGUUCAUGUUUAUUCACUUAGGUCCAAUAUUUGGUCGAAAAUUGAAAGUUGUAUAGAGGUUGGUGAUAUGAUUAUAGGACGAGCAAAAUUAGUUAAUGAGACUUUGUAUUGGAGUAUGUGUAGUGGUCGAACCAUUGCCUUCGAUUUGGCCCGGGAGACAUUUGAGUACUACCCUCAUUUGGGAAUCAUUCCUCCAUUUAGCAAUGCGUUAUGUGUCAUGGGAGGGUGUUUAUCCAAGUACAGUUCAAACUAUCAAAAUGAUAUGUUUCUUGAGAUUAUAAAACAGUCUGGAAGGAUGAUUGCCGUUCGUUUUUCGUGCAACCUUGGGAAUUUUGAGCAGUUGAUUGGGUUCACAAAGACUGGCGAAGUCUUUUUUACUCGUUCUAAGCCUGGGACGCUUGGCUUGCUUGAUCGAUGUUCAAAGGAAACACUUGCAACGUUUGGUGAUCAAAUGUUUCUUGUUGAGAGUUAUGUUCCUACCCAAAGUUCACCUCAUCCUGCAGCUGAGGUGCCUAAUGAACCUGCUGAGGGAUUUGGCCGGUAUAUCAACAGGAGAAUCUUUCUGAUCCGGACGACUUUAUUAUAGUGGGAGAUGGAUGACUUUGAUAUACUAGAAGAUCCGGACAACAUCAUUAUACUAGAAGAUUUCCAGCCGGAGAAUCCUCCUGGUGUGGACGACCUUGAUAUACUAGAAGAUGCCAUCCUCUUGUAAUCUAGUUUAAUCAGAGAUGAAGUUAUAUAUCUAGGCAAGUGAAGGAAGCUCAAGGAGCGUGAUGAUGAUGGCAUGAACUAAUUUUGAUGGAAGAAAGUAUGGUGCUAAGAUGCAAAAUUCAGAUUUAUGCUACCUCUGUUUUUGUUUGUUUAUUAGUCUAUAUGUAACACUUUUGUUAUGCCAUGAUCCAUGAACUGCUAAAUGCUAAUGCUAAUGCUACAACUUGUAACUUUCUGUGACUUUUGCUAUGUCGUUGGACUCAAA